AGAAUCAGUCUCAUCGAAGUGCUCUUUGACAGCUGCAGCAGCAGCAAGUGCUCGGUCGGUGGCUCCCGGGUCGCGAAAAAUUAGGAAUUUAUCAAAACAAAGAGUGAAUUUAAAGUUUGCAGAGUUUGUGAAGAUUGAUUAUCUCCCUAAAGUUUUGCUCUAUGUGUGAACAAUGUUGUGCAAUCGUUGGUGCAUAGAAGAGUAAAGUGCAGCCGCCCAUCCCGCAGAUAGUGCUCCUAGUAGCAAAUUUCGAUAGAUGGCCCGUCAUUCUAUGGUAAUGUGUGUGUGUUCUUCGGGUAGAUUGUGUUAAAAAAUGCCAAAAUCAAUGAAUGACUAAAAAGGGUCAUAAAUUUGUGCUGAUAACAACAGAAGCUGCUACAGAAUGUCGCCGUAUCUUUGAAAUGGCAUAUUGGCGUUAUCAGUGUCCUGGUUUGGCGUCAACGUUCUAAGUGGCAAGUGAACCUAUACGUAUGUGUCGAUUAUAUUGGCAAAGUUUCUGCUUUACGACCGGGAGCGUAUGUGUCCCAUAGAAAAGAAAAUCUGGGCGGAAAUUGACACCUGCUGGGCUUUCCACGGUUGUUGUGCAUGGUGGUGAUAAAAGCGCACAUUUCAAUAGUUGCGCGAAAGGUGCUAGAAAACCCAAAAAAUAAGCAAAAGUUUGCUGCAAGUGUCGGCUUUUUGGUGAAGAUAGAAUUCAAGCAACUACAGCUAGUGCAAUGGAUCUGACAAAUCUGUUCCUGUUCUGUUUGAUGUCCUGCCUGAUUGGGGCUGUGCUGAUGCUGCUGAUACAGUACUAUGCCUUUGUGCGAUACUUCCAUUUGCCUGAGCUGGGACAGGAGCAGGAGGAGUACCGAAAGUCGGCCUACAGCGAGCCGUACGUGCUACCAGAUACGCUACUGGCCAACAUCAAAGCGCCGGACGCCGAAAGCAAAUCAACCAUCAUGGCCAUCAACUUGAUUCUGCAGUUUUUGUACUUUGAAUUGCGCCACUCGAACCGGGUCCGCAAAUGGUUCCACCGGAAGCUUUCGCUUGAACUGGAUGAACUGAUUAGCAAAACAACCACCGGCAAGCUGUUCGACAAACUUUCGAUUCGAGACCUAGACUUGGGAAGUCAGUUCCCCGAGAUUAAGAACUUUCGGAUGCACAACGUCGAGCUUCAUCCGGACGAAGCCCACAUCGAAAGCUUGGAUGUGCUGUUAGAUCUGCACUACGUUGGCCAUUUCCGGCUGUCCAUCGAUGCCGAUAUGGUACUGGGAAAAAAAGGAUCACUCUCGGUGAGAGUGAAACAAGUGUCGGGCAUCGCUCGACUACAGUUCACGCGUAAACCGUACACACACUGGUCAUUGAGCUUCGUAGGCGAUCCGACGGUUGACUUAGAUGUCCAAUCGCAGUUCCAGGGUCGCCAAAUGCAGUCCAACGUGACGAGCCUGAUCUCGAACCAAAUUCGCAAAGCGAUUCGACGGAAACACACCUUGCCAAAUUAUAAGCUAAGAUAUAAACCGUUCUUCAACCGUGUAGAAGAAGAUUAUGAUCUCAAUGAAAUCACACCCAAUGGAUCUUUAGAAGUAAUUGUGGAGGAAAUAUCUCGAUUGAAUGCCCCAACCAGAUUAUCCCACGUUUAUUGCACGGUCACAUUAGCACACAUACCUUGGGUAUUAGCAAGGCAACAGGAUGACAACAAUUUGAUCGUUUCAUUAGACUUGGAAAUUCAUAAGGCCAAAAACCAACAAAUCGGUAUAGUAUUCAAACAAUCGGAUCAACUGGUCGUCAUUGAAGCCGUUAUUCCAAACACUCCCGCAUCGAAGGCCGAACUGAAGCGAGGGGAUGUCCUACUCUCCAUUCAGGGGAAACGCGUCAACACCAUCAACCAGGUUGCCAAAGUCAUUAAAGCUCUGAACAGACCGAUGUUCAUACUAAGAAUCGAACGGAUCGUUCCUGGCACAAUCAGGAACGACGGCCUUCUUGACGAUCUCGAAGAUUACGAGGAAAUAGAUCCCAAUCUAAACAUUACAUUCACAAAAAAUGUAGAAUCGGUUCAGAUUUCCACUGGCGGCGGAAAAGAAAAACCAAAAUUAUCACGUAAAAAUUCCAAAGAUAGCGGUGGAGAGUCCAGUCAGUCCAACACGCCGGGAACAACCCCUGUCAAGCGGUCUGAGGCCUCCAAAGAACCUAAAAAGGAGGAAACCACACCUGUGAAGCGACAAAACGAAGGCACUACAGAUGGUUUUCCUCAACAUUCGUCGAUGGACUGUGAAUUCAAUUCGUACAUCCGAAUGGGGGAUCUGUGCAGCUUCCAAUUGAUGGAAAAUUUCUCUUACCUGAACGUCAAUGUUUUCGGGAAGAGCAGCGAUGAGCAUCGGUUAUUAGGUUAUUUGAAUAUUCCUAUGAACAGUAUUUUGAUAGAGUGUAACGAAUCUCUUUUGGGACAUCACCUGAAGAAAUAUCCCUUGCUGCCACCGGAAGCAGUUGAUGUAUCAAAUCACCCUCUCUCUAUGCAAUCCGGAUUUGACCAAAACUACUGUUACGGCGACGUUUUGCUAUCGUUUGUUUGGAGCGGGUCAUCCAUCAGUAGUCCAGUGUCAAUGAAAAGCAGCACAGAAAAUAUGAAAAAGAUGAAGCUCAUUAGCAUAAGCAAAGGAUCAACCGAUAAAGGUGACGAAGACAAAACAGACUCCAGUGCAGAUUCCAAACCGCCAUCCGGUGGGCAAUCUAUGCAGCCUCACGACUUCAUUCGAACCCAUUUCCAUCGGACCACUCAAUGCGACUAUUGCGGUAAGAAGAUUUGGCUUAAGGAUGCGGUGCAAUGCCGCGAUUGCGCCAUGUGUUGCCACAAGAAGUGCAUCAACAAGUGUCAGAGUUCAACAGUUUGCACGGUAAGCGAUGUUGUACAACCAGCGUCCGCUUCAGGACCUGAAUUCCGCGUCACAGAAGCUGAAUCUCCCACCAUUGAAGUGGAUGAUUUCGUCGACAUAGUCGAAGAACAGCAACAGGCGAAAUCCCGUUUGGAAUCUCACCGUCAGAGUUUCAGUGACUUGUUGGCACAAGGUUUGAAGCGUGUCAAUUCAGCAAACAAUCUCUCCAUACCAAUGGUAUCUGCACUGAACCAGAGUAGCAAGAGUUUGCCUCCGACGCCUCAGCACACUCCUCGCAAACAAUCAUUAGCGAACGUUAACGCCAAUCCAUUUGCCAUCGUGGCACAGAAACUUGAGGGCCUACCGGAAGACAUAAAGGAACUGCAAAUGGAUCAGAUUGUGGACCUGACGGCACCAUUGAUUGAGUACGGUUCCUCCGAUACGUUGAUGGCCUUGGCCAAGAGCACCAGCAAAUCAAUCUACGCCGACUUGGAACCGGACGAACGGACCGAGAGAAUCAACAAGCUGCUUUCCAAGCUGCACAUAGCAUUGGAUUGCGAAACGCUCAAUCAGUCAUCGUUGAGCGCUGCAAAAGAAGCGGUGACAAAAGAUGAUGGCAAGACAAAGCCCGGUAACACCCAGCAAGUGGAUGCCACCCGGUCAGCAUUCCUCGCCGGACAAUCCGAAGAGCGGGUUCAGGCGCUGAGUGUUAUCAUGCUCCAUCUGUGCUCGGGACUGCAGCACGCCCAGGGUAAUCUGAACCAAUGAGAUUAGCGAUUGCUUCGCCAACUCUCGCUAGGAUCUCUGCUAGAACCAUCCGCGCUUAUCGGGCUUUUACCAGAGGAGGGUUCAACGGGAGAGUACGAAGCAGACGAACUACAACGAUUAGGGAGGAGUCAGUCCCCUGGCGGUAGUGGUGGCGCCACCGGAGGCCGUAAAAGUCCGUUCCGCUCCAGAAGGCUCAAUUCUUGCCGCAAGCGGGCUCUCGGACUUUUCCAGCGGUCCGCUAGUGUUAGUAGUGGUAGUAGCGCUAGUAGUACCAAGAACAACUCCAAUCGGUGGCUUACCCCUACCUACACAGACACUUGAAUCGAUAGACGACAUUGCAUCACAUUUGACUCAGAAACACUUUCUUGUGAAUUGUGGAAUUCCCAAAAACAGACUGAUUGUUGAAGAUCAUUUGCACUACACAGCAAGAUGGCGCUUAGCACAAUACAUAUAAUUUGCUAUAGCUAGAAUCAAUCGAGUCGAUACAAGUUACUUGGCACAGUUAGUUAUUGUUAAUCAAUUGUCAACACCAAACCAAGCAAACUUUUUAGAACCCCGCUCGCACAAAUUCGAUUUUUAACAACAGUAAACCGUAGAGAGUAAGCACAAUCCACUUGGAUAGUAAUUAACAUCCAGCUUAGCGUAGAUCAAAAGUUGCUUCAUUUGGCACCAUGGUUUACUAAAACUUCGGAAUACCAUCAGACAUCGAAAUAAAUACUAAUCCAUUCCGUACCGCAAGUAAACCAUGGCUCCCAAUCCCCCCAAAAAAAUGUAACGUAUCAAUAGCACUAGCCGUACCGAGACCAAUCAAAAUGAAACAACCAAAAUGUGAUCCUAAUGUUAAAUCGAACCGAAACUUUGGUCACUGUGUCGUCGUCUGUAGUAGUAGUAAAGUAAUCCCUCUCCCCGUCGUUGACUGACCCCACUUAUCUACUCAACCUGUUCGUUUUCUAUCUCAGGUUCCAACUCAUCACCAUGGGAGAAGGAACUGUAUUGCCGGAUGUGCGCGGGACUCCCGCGGGAGUCAUUUUUCUAGCAGUACGGUUCAGUUACUAAAACAAAGGUGUAAAAAAGACAAAACCAACGGCAUGACUAAGCAACUACCUAUUAUACAUGAUAACUAAAAAGACAAACUCUCCAUCAGUGUGAUUCUCUAACUUAAGGGCUGAUUUUAAUGUAGUAAACAAGGGUGUCAUCGAUAUUUAAAUCGCAAUUUUUAGGAUCUGUUGCGUUGAGACUGAUUUUCUUGGGUUUGUUUUCCAUGGAACAUGGGAAGAAGAAUUGCAAAAAAAAAAGAUUUAGUGAGGUAAGGGAUCGCUCAAUCUGUAUCCUAUCAGUUCCAAUCCAAAUAACCUUAGUUGGAUAGUAUUCAAUGCUACGGAAGUGUUAAAAUACAAACAGUCAAGUUUUGUCCGGGCUAUAGCUAUGGAAAUGUUGUUUAACGUACACCAUUUCUCGACGUUCCAUGCAAAAAUAAGGUUUUAGCGGAAAAAAAAUGUCUGGAAACUUUUUUUGCACAGCCGUGUAAAAACAGAAUCGGGUGUAACUAGAUUGUAACUAGUUGGGAACUGUUGUAACGUGUAGAUAUGAGUUACAUUAAAUAUAAUAAUAUUAUAUUUUUCGUUUAUUCAAUGAAUUUCACCGAAGUGUCCAGAUAUUGGUACUGUCUGGAUUUCGAUUCACCACGGUACUAGUAUCUAUUCGUCUCUGGUCAAGCUUUAAACAGUAUUCUUUUCCUCCAAUCAAUGUUACAUAUCAAACAAAUAUCAUUUUAUUAUGGAAAAUGAUGUCAUCCUUACAAAAAUACACAAAGUACCUAGUUUUGAUAACAAUCAGUUGGGCGGUAACCGCAGAAAAAUAAGAGCUCGCUUGUUACGCCUACAGAUAUGAAAACCCGUUUUCAUCAGAGUUCGUGGAUACAGAAACUUUGUGGCAAUAAACAUUGCUCAUGAACUUAUAUUGCAACACUUUUGAUCUACCUAGAUAACCUUGUAACUCGGGCAUCUUCAUUAACCUUUGCGCCCCUGACCUAUCUUUACAACUAAAUUUUCGUAAUUUUUUGGUCAACAUUUUCAAUUUUCGUGACCUGUAAUGGGAACCUCAGUCGGACGAUCGGUUCCGGAUUUAUAAGGAUGUUCCGUGGGGUCUGUCCGAAGGUUAUUUGUGACAUUUUCAUAACUAUUUGCACGGAUCAAACAACACUACAGUGUUUGGAACAGAAUCAUAAACCAAUAGUAUGUA